UAAUUUGAGAGAUAAAAAUAAACCAACACAAUUUUUUACAUGGCAACGAUUGAAUAGCAAGGUCGGAAAACACCGGUACCGGUCAUUUUAUAGAUUGCUAAGCUUUUAUACGUCAGUUAAUUGGAAGUCAUAUCCUUUGUUGUUGACUCAAAAAGUGUCUCUCGUCUCUGCUCAUAACUGUUUUAUUUGUGUUUGAUAAAACGUCCGUACAGUACAGAAAUAUUUCUUAUUCGUUUUUUGAAUUAAGGUAUACCAGAAAAUAUACAUCUUGAACAUGGCGCCAGCAUACAAACUUUCAUAUUUCGAUAUCAUGGGGCUAGGAGAACCCAUUAGGGUUCUUCUUAGUUACGGCGCUUUGGAAUUUGAAGAUUUUAGAGUUACUAGAGAAAACUGGCCAGGUUUAAAGUCAAGUAUGCCCAUGGGUCAGUUACCCGUUCUGGAAGUCAACGGAAAAACGGCACAUCAGAGCAUGGCCAUUUGUAGAUAUUUAGGCAAACAACUAAAGCUAAACGGUAAAGACGAUUGGGAGGAUUUGGAAAUUGACACCAUAGUGGAUACGAUUAACGAUUUCAGAGCAAAAAUUGGCCAGUACCAUUACCAAAGUAAUGAACAAAUUAAAAACGAAUACCAAAAGACACUCGUCGAUGAAAUUAUACCGUUUUAUGUGGAGAAAUUAGAUGCAAUUGCAAAAGAAAACGGGGGAUAUUUAGUCGGUGGUAGGUUAACUUGGGCCGAUUUGGUGUUCUUGGGUCUUGUGGAUUACAUGAAUUUUAUGGCAAAAACAGAUUUGCUGUCUAAAGCUCCUAAUCUUCAAAAAGUGAAGGAAAAUGUUUUGAAGGUGCCUAACGUAAAGAAUUAUGUUGAUAAACGUCCAAACAAUCAUUAAAUUGUACCAUUAUUAUAUUCAUUUUACUGCAUUUGCCAUAGCAUUACAAAUCAUAUAAAAAAAAAUUGUUUGUCGUUAAAUUUGUCAAUUAUGAAGAUAUUUUUAUCAUUUAAUAAAAUGUUGUAAUCAAAUUGUAGA